AUGGGCGACAAGCGCAAACUCGUGCAGGAUGAGGUCGUCGCGCCUGAGGGCAAGAAGAUGAAGAAGGAGAAGAAGGAUAAAAAAGACAAGAAGGAAAAGAAGGAAAAGCGUGAGGAAUCCGAGAUUGUAACCCCCGAGACUGCUGCCCCGGCACAGGAAGAGGUGAAGGAGAAGAAGGAAAAGAAGGAAAAGAAGGAAAAGAAGGACAAGAAGGAGAAGAAGGACAAGAAGGAGAAGAAGGACAAGAAGGAGAAGAAGGACAAGUCCGACAAGAAGGAGGAGCGCAAGGCUGAGGAGGCCGACGCUAAGCCUGCUGCUCCCUCCGAGGACGCCAUGGAUGUUGAUGUGACCCCUACCGAGAAGGUGGACGCCGAUAAGAAGGAGAAGAAGGACAAGAAGAAGGACAAGAAGGAGAAGCGCAAGGCCGAGGAGGUCGAGGCCAAACCUGCUGCUCCCUCCGAGGACGCUAUGGAUGUUGAUGUGACCCCUGCGGAGAAGGUGGACGCCGAGAAGGAGAAGAAAGACAAGAAGAAGGCGAAGAAGGAGAAGCAGAAGGAGAAGAAGCAGCAGCAGAAGAAGGAGAAUACCGAGCCCGUGGCCGAGACCGAAGGAGAGCCUGCCGCGGAGGCCGAGCAGGCCCAGAAGAGUUCCCGCUUCAUUUGCUUUGUCGGAAAUCUUCCUUACUCCGCCAACCAUGAAUCCUUGAGCAAGCACUUCGAGAAGAACCCCCCGGCCACAAUCCGCGUCGCAACCAAGAAGGAAGACCCCAGUAAAUGCCGCGGCUUUGCAUUCAUUGAGUUUGACAACUACGACCGCAUGAAGACCUGCCUCAAGCUGUACCACCACUCCACCUUCGACGACGGAAAGUACCCACCCCGACGCAUGAACGUCGAGCUGACUGCUGGCGGCGGCGGCGCUAAGUCCGAACAUCGCAAUGCCAAGAUCCAGGCCAAGAACGAGAAGCUCAACGAGGAGCGCCAGCGCCAGGCCAAGGAUAUCCAGAAGGACAAGAGAAAGCACGAGAAGACGGUUGCCCCGGUUGGCGGCUCUGGUGCCAACUCUGCUCCCGUGGACGACGCAGCUGACAACGAUCAGUGGGCUGGUCUGCACCCUAGCCGCAGAGGCCGUGUUUAA